UCCUCACUAAACAUCCACCGGAGGCUUGUCUCAACUCCCAACCAAUCCUCAAGGUCGGAUCUGAGUCCGGAGCUCCACCUAAUCCAGCUCCAGUUCCUGUAUAGGCAACCUAGAACCCUUUUCUUAGUUAUAUCUUCAUCAGUACAGUUCUACGUGAUGUUGGAGAAGGUUGGAGAAGGUAUUGGAUAAUGUUUGAUACCUAGAGACGGUGUAAUAGUGAACUCAAACCUGCCUGAUGAUUAAACAAAAUCUAAAGAGUUACUGCAGGCUAAAACCAGGAGUGGAGGGUCUGGAGGAGGUUUAUAAUGAAAGUUGAAAUCAAGAAUACAUAUGUAGAACUAGAUUCAAUAGACCUGGAGCAGAACAUGAGGAAGAAUGAACAUUCCUUUCAAAGAUCUCCAGAUAUUCAUCAGAAAUCGAGUGAAGGCAAUAUCUUCACUUUUCAUAUGGAAUCCAACACCAAUUCACUGACAGUUGAACGCCGUCCAGUUAGACGCCUGUCUCCCAUUCCACCCACAGCUCAUUUUCCUACAGUGCUUGAAGAACCAAGUUCAUCAAGUGCUGAAGGAUCUGAGGGGUUCAAUGAGGUCCCAGUUGCCUUCAAGGAAAAUGAGGGUGGAGAAAACUGCGUGAAACAUAGGAGGAGAUUGCCUUAUAUCUCCUCUAGCAUGACAAAGAAUAAGUCAAGUCGCAGCUUUGACUCGGGAAUUGCCUGUUUGCUGGCAAGUGGGUCCAGUUCUCCUUCCCCACCUUUAAACAACGAUAGAGAUGGAAAAAAUGCCUACCCGCCUAACUCUCCGGUAAGAUCUCCUGUUCCAUCCAGAUCUCCGGUGACACCGUCCAAACGUGCAUCUUUCCAUGCACUGUCAAGACCCACUCCAGGGAAUCUGGUUCCAACCCCUGGUUCUCCUCGCUCUCCAUACAAGCAAUGUAAGCUUGGGUAUCUCUCAUCUAGAAGAAUGUCAGAGCAAGCAGAUAGACCUGUUUGCAAUAAUAACAUAGGACGCACACUAUCUCCUUGCAAUACCUCUUUUAACAAGUCUCCAUCUCCAUCCUAUAACUCGUCCAGCAAGUCAUCUCCACAGCUGCAUGGAUCCCCUAAACUACUUCCAUCAUACUCCUUGCACUCCAAUGAGAGCUCAGGAAGUCCGCCAAAAACCCCGGAAAUAUCAUCUCCUCAGAGUCCAGCUCCUUCACCCCCGCUUGCCAGAUUAAGUCGCAGGGUUCUUCCGGAAACACCUGGGGUAAAAAACACAUUAGCUGUGAAUUGUACAAAGACAAGACCGGUAAGAACUAGUCAUCAUCUUGUAGAUAAUCACAAGAAAUAUCAUAUAUCCCUCUCCUCCCACACCUCACUGGACUCUGGCAUGUACUCCAGAAGCAACACGUCGGACUCUGUCAACUGCUGCUCGAGGACCAACACAUCCUCUCCGAUCCUCUAUUAUUCCCCAACCUUUAGUCGACAAUUAAAUUGGAGGAAGUCGAAUAUUCUUGAAACAUCGUCGAACUCUUCCCUCCCAGAUACCAACGUCAACACUGUCCGGCGUCAAAGCUUGCCAGAUAGCGAAAAGGCUUUGGUAGAGCACAAAGCUACCAAACAACUAGACAAUCACAAUAAGUAUCAGAAGAGACCAAGACCAGAGAGAGCAAAUACGUGCAAUGACAAUGAUAUAGGAUAUAUGAAUGGGGGUACCCCAGAGGAUCAUAGUAUAUCUAAUAAUGGUUGGAUGAAGGAGAACACUGAUGUACCAAGACUGAAAGAUUUAAAAAGUAACAGUUUUCCAAAUCAGUGGGAUACAGAGGAAUGGGAUCUUCAGGAUGAGAUAAAUGAAUAA